UGUCGCUUGGCCAACUGGUCAGCUCCAACGCCCAUACAAAGUGGGCCGGCCGGCCGACCACCCGCACGCCGCAAUCCGCAGCCAUCCACGGCCAUCCCGGCCGCCUCGCUGCCUCGCCAUCCGCGCGCGCGCCCUACCCCCCAUCCCGGCCCGUCUCUCCCCGCGGCGCCUCGCAUCACCCCAUCUCACCCGGCCAACUGGUCAAUUCCCUUCGCCAGCACGCACGCAACUCGCCGCGGGCACCGGACGCCUGCCUGCCUGGCCCUCGCCGUGAGCGCCGGCCGUGAUUCGUGGGGGACGCCCACCGGCCCACCGCGUCCUGGCGACCGUCUCGCGCGGCCAACUGGUCAACGGCCCUUGGACGCGCACAAGGGCCCGGACGGCCUCCUUGCCUUGACGCCGUUCGAGCCAAGUCAACGCGAUUUGAUUCCAGAUCCAUCCCUUCCUUCCUCGGCGAAGUCGAAUGGCCAACUGGCGUAUGAAGUUGGUCGAAGAGAAGGAGGGAGGGACCCUGGCUCAUGGCCGGGGGUCCCAUCCCAGAGCCCCCUCCAACCGCCCGGCGCUGCCGGACCUGUCAGUGGGGGAGGUGUAUAACACAAAUCUAGCCAAGGACGGGCUGACGCUCAGCGACUCGUAGCAACAAGGCUACUUGACCGCGUACACGACCCGCUUGGUCACUUCAGUCGUCUGCAGAGGAUUCAUCCCCGCGCGAGGUGACAUUGCAAUUCGCCAGCCAGCUCCCAGGGGCUUCUCCCUAGGAGCCGUCGCCAGCCUGCUGAGGUGCAUGGCCCGGAG